UUCAAGAUUAAGGUCUGUUUAAAAUACAAUGAAUAAAAUAUCCGAUAAAAUGAGAAUAAAGUAAACAGUAUAAGAAAAAUUAAAACUUUAAAGCUUUUUAACUGAUCAAAUAAAAGACGGCAAAUUUAAGGAAACAAUUGAUACUACAUCAAAAUAUGAUGAAGAAUUCAAUAAAUUUUUGAAAGGUUAUUAAGAUAAACAUAAGCAAUAUCCACAUAUAUUAGAUUUGUCACAUUAUACAAGAGAAAAUAGCGAAUUCGCUAAAUCAAAUUAAUUAAGAUAAGAAGAAAUAGAUAUGAUUGAAGAAUUUAGAAACAGAAAAUUAAAGAAUUUAAAUAAACCAAUUGAUUAAAUAGAUGGAGAUGAUGAGGAAAUCGAUUAGAAUUUGUAAGAAGAUGAUGAUGAAAAGCAUUAUGACUAAGAUGAAGAAUUAGAAUAAGUUGAAUUGGCUGGAAAUGAAAAUAUAGGUUAUAAAUAAGAAGAAUUGAGGUUAAGUUUAAAUGAAGAUUUCAUGAUUAUAUUACUUAGUAGAGGUUUAACUACAAAAGUGACAACUUUAUAAAGAAUUUAAUCUUACAGAUAUCUGAUUUUUAUGGGAAAUGGAAAUGGUUUAGUUGGAUAUGGAAAAGGUAAAGGAAGUGAUUUUGAAGAGGCUCUAGAUAAUGCUAUUUUACAUUGUAAAAGAAAUCUUAUUGCAAUUCCUUUGGAUUUAUAUCAUACUGUUCCUAGAUAACUUUAUGGAUAAUAUAAUAGAUUUGAAAUUACUGUUACUCCUGCAAGAACUUUCAAUCCUUGGGGAAGUCCAAUUAUUGCUUCUAUGCUUUUGCUUACAGGAUUUAGACAUUGUAGAUUUCAAACUGUAAGCAAAAAAAUUAAUCCAUAUAGUAUGAUUAUGGCUUAUUUCAAAAUGAUUACUCAAAAUAAAACUCCAAAAGAUAUUUGUGAAGAAACCGGAUAAAAAGUUUAUAGAGAAAAUUGGGGAGCUCCUUAUUUUGUUGGAAAUACUCCAGAUAAUUAUUUGUGA